AUGGAGGUAGAAAAACCGAUCAAAUAAGACGUUCACAAUUAUCCACCUAAAAUAGAAUAAGCAUAGGAACAAUAAACAGUCUAAAUUGAAUUCAAGGAGAUUUUAUAGGGUUUGGAAGAUUAAAUUGCAUAAGUGUUCUAAAAUUCUGCAUAUUUUGAAAAAGAAAACUUUAAGGAUCAUCAUUCUAUACAAAUGGUGAUCUUUAAAGAGUUGAGAACUACAGAGCUGUGGUAAUAAUUGUAAAAUGAAACUCCUAUGGGAAUUUAUAAUUCUAUUUUUCCAAAGAAAUUAAUUCGAUACUUGAUAGACUAAAUUAAUGUAAAAAUGAAGACGUCAUUCGCUAACUAGGAUGAAAAGCAAAUUAGAAAAAAGUUAGUGAAGUUAGAUUAAAUAUUCGAUUUUUUUGGAAUAAAGAUUAUAAUGGGAUACAUUAAGAUGCCUCAUUUGGAAGAUUAUUUUAAUGAAAAGUAAUUAUUUUAAUGCAAAAUAUUUGAAUGUUUUAAAGAGGGUAGAUUCAAGUGUUUAGAAUAAUGGAGUAAUUUCACUGAUGAAUGUCUACUAAAAAAUAUCAACAAAGCAAAACCAACAAAUGAAUUUUAAACAAUUAGAGUAUGCAAAAAAAUUGGAAAAACCUUAAGAAAUAUUAAAACACCUGGAAAAGAUUUAAUAUUAUAAGUAAAUUCAGGAUUCAUAAUAGAAUAGUCAAUCAAUUCUUAAUAAAUAAUGAUUUGUGAUCCAAAAAGCAAAUUAAUAGUUUGGUAAUACUUUUGUAGCAACAUCCAAGAAGAGAAAGUAGGUCUCUAAAUUGUUCAUGUAUUACAGUAAUUCAAGGAUAAUAAUCACACAUUGUAUGUUUACGAUAAUAUUCUAAAUUUAGAGUAAAUAGCAUUUUUGAAAAUUAAACUCAAGAUAUAAUGCGUCUAAAAGCUUGAUAGUGUUUAAGUAAGUUAAGUGCCUUAAAUUCCACUUUAUCUCGAUUAUAUGUCGAUAAUUAAAGAGCAAAAUGAAGUUUUUGCUGUUACUUCAGGAGAAUAGAUUUAGCAAUUAAUCUGCACUUAUAAUCAAUACAAAGAGACUAUGUUAUUGUAUUGCAUACACAAAUUUAGGCCAAAUUUUUCGUAUCUUCAUUUUUCAAGUGCAAUUAUGACUGAAUUAUAGGAGAUCACAAUAUGGAAUUCUUAUCAGAUUUUUAUAAAAAUAAAAGCAUAGUAGCACUAGUAAACGUAUGAAUAGUUUCGAUUAGGUUUAGCUUAAGAAUUAUUGAAGAAUAAAAUUGCUUAGAUAAAGAAUGUUCCAACUUUAUUGCAUAAAUAAAAAGUAGUGAAUGUGGCUUUGGGGACAGAAAUUAUUGGGGAUUAUGGCUAGGGAACAAAAAUCAAUACAAAAUCCUUAUUCCACAUACCAACAAUUAUGGCCACUCCUAAGACUUAUGCUGGAUCAAUGAAUUGCUUAGUUUGUAAGAGAAAUACUUAAUUAAUCACUUUAUGUAAACCUUGCUCAGAGAUAUCAGGUAAGUUAGUGAUUCUAUGUGCUUGUGAUUGUUUUUAUUUGUUCCAUUAGAAUACUUUGGAAUACAUAAUAAAUGGAGAAGAUGUUACUUAAACCUAGUAUAAAUCAAUAGAAUAAUCAAGUCAGCAAUUAUAUCAUUAAGCCUUUUAAUAGAAACCUGGUUUGAUGUAUGAAAAUGUCGAUAAGAGCAAAUCUGUUUAGUAUGCAAAGUAAGUAGAGAUUGAAUGA